GAAAACAACGACUGUUAAUGAAUGUCUCAUGAUAGAGCCGCUUUUCAUCAUCACUCUAAGCAAAUGAUGGUCAAUUCCUUGGCGGAUGGUCGUUCCGCGAUGCCGUCGUACCUUGUCUCGACUGCUCUUGUACGCUGUGGGCUUCUGUCAGGAAAAUUACAGAUUGUCUUUGCAACAACACUCAGCACAUAUCGCAUGGUCGAGAUCGCGGGGUAGCAGCGUACAGUGCCCCUCCUGGGACGCGGUUUCGCACAUCAUUGGCAGAGACAAUUAUCAGAAGGCUUCGUCCUUUGCACAGGGGUCAAAGAGAAUGCUAUUCGUCUGGAACAUUGGCACAGCCUCUCGUCGUGUCGCAUCAUGUAUUCGACGAGGUUGCAUAAUGCACGAGCCCUUUAGCGACAAGGUAUCGCGCAGAACAAACAGAGCUUCGCUCAUCGGCUCAAAAACGCUGGACGCCGAAUCGCCCGCUGGCGUAUCACAAUCGGUUGCUUUCCCCAGUCGCAGAAAAUGGUCGUCCGGCCGUCUAAACAUCUCGACUUCCUUCAUCAUUGUAACCCGUUUCCCUCAGAUAGAUUUCUCUGGACGAGUCGAUUCGAUUCGCUCCGGACCCGUUGCAUGGCUAACGAAGCAGCGAAUGGUCAGCCAACCUACAGAAAGCUGGCCCGGACCCGGACACCACACCGGUUGAAUGUGAUCACAUUCGGAAAACCGGUGCCACCGUCCGGUGAACGUGGCGAUGGGAACAAUCUUCUCGAAUUGAAAGACCACUAAGCGGCUUCAAAACACCGAUCCAUAAGCCGUUGGAUA